ACUUAGAGCUUAAGAAAAGGCAUGGAAUCUUAUCCAUAUAACCAAAAGAAUGUGAUCAAGACCUUGUGUUCCCACAAUAAGGAUGUUUUUCUUGAUACCUUGAGGAGAAUUAUCAAAGAAAAAAGAUUUGAAGCCGAUUAUGAGAGAGUAAAUUUAGGAGUUAAAAUAAAAUGUAAUGGAGAAUCAAUUUUGCAUAGAGUAUUAAAGUAUAAAGAUUCUGUUACACUCGAAUUUGUUAAAAAGUUUGCGAGGGAAAAACCUGAACUUUUAAAAGAGCUUAGAGAUUCAAAAGAAGUUACGGAAUCGGAAGUUAGCAACUUUCGGGGUCAAUCUCCCCUGCACGUUGCAAUAGUCAACGGAUAUGCUGACGCCGUUGAAGCAAUUUUAAAAAUUGCUGCUGAAAAUAACAUCACCCGAGAAUUGCUUUGCAUCCCUGCAACGGGUAAAAAAUUCAAGAAGACGGUUUUAAUGGGGCAGCUUCCAUUGAGCGCUGCUGCUCUUGCUUGUAGGAACGAAGAAUUUGAAAUAUUAGAUAUACUAUUUAAAAAUGAUGCUAUAUAUACUAUUGCGAACCAAAACCAGGAAGGUGACACUGUAUUUCACUCCUUGAUCAAAUAUGCAGAUAUUCAUUCUGAUCAAAUGCAGCAUAUUGAGCCCACAUUCACAUUCAUUUGGAAUAAAUUUUCCGAACAAUGCAAAAAAUCGAAGUCUACGAAAGUAACAGAUAUUCUUUUCUGGGAAAACAAAUCAGGCAUGACACCACUCCGAUUAUCUGCGAAACUUGGAGUCAGUGAGCUUUUUAAUUAUUUAAUCAAUAUUGAAGGUGUCUACUGCUCUCCAAACAUAAAAGAUGGUCUCUUUGACAUCAAGAAGUACGAUGUAACUGAAUUUGAUCGAUUGAUUAGCCAUACAGAGAAUUUGGAAGAAUGUCAAAAACAAAAAAUCUCAAUUUUAGAGAGUAUUUUCAAUUCAAAUUGUACUCGUAAAGAAGCAUUUCAAAUUCUGAAUCAAGAAUUAGUAAAAUUAAUUCUGGAUAAAAAAUGGCGCACCUACCAGAAAGUCCUCAUUCUUUGGAUGUUUCUACAUAUUAUUUUCAUGUGUUUUUUAACAACAACGACAAUUGAAAAAACGAGGCAUUAUUUUCUUUCCCAGAACAAUGAGACCACGAUUUCGUUUGAUGUUGGAGAGUUUUCUACAGCAAUAGUUUAUAUAGAAUUGUUGAUAUUUUUGGUGGGCGGAAUAACGUACCUUUUCUUCUUUUGUUUGUGUUUCAAAGAAUUAGUCAGACGUUGUAGAGCGGAACAUGGAAGUCAUUACAAUUCCGGAAUAAUAUUGCAUAAUUUAGACUACAUUGUGUGUUUAUUGUUCACGUCUCUUGGUGCAUUAGUAGAAUCCGUCCUCUUUCCUCUUAAAAUUCACUGGGACUAUCAUUUAGUAUUUGCAUUCAUAUCUGGCUGGUAUUUUAUGCUGUAUUUCUCUCCUUUUCGAAAAGAAAUCGUUUCUUUUACAUACAUGAUAAAAUCAGGGUUUUUUGAAGAUUUUGUUCCCUUUGCAUCUGUUUAUUGUUGUCUAUUGAUUUCGUUCACAACAAUUAUGUUUAUGCUUUUCCAUGGCACGAAUGAUGUAGAAGACUUUAAUAGCUUUGAAAGUUCCCUAUUAGCGAUGUUUAAAUUAGGAGUAGGUUUGAAUGACAUAGGGAUGCUGAAUCAGGCUAGGAUACCAUGGCUUGCUCACACAAUAUUCGUAGUGUUUGUUGUUCUUUCAUUCAUUCAUUUGUUCAACGCUUUGAUUGCUGUGAUGUCACAGACCUUCUCUGGGGUUCAUGAUUAUAGAAACUCUUACGCUCUAUAUAACAAAUUAAGAAUGAUAGAAUUGUUCGAAGACAUAAUUUUAUUCAGGGUAAAAUCAAAAUACCCAUUUAAACCUCUCUUUAACCGGGCAAAACAUUGGGAUAAAGAUGAUGAUGACAUUGACGAUGAAAUAUCAAUCGUUAACAGAAGCGUUAGAACGGAUAGAUUUAAAAAUGGAAAACAAGAAAGACAGGUGCGCUUCUAUUCUACAAUGGAGCUGGUUGACCUGGAAGACAAUAGAGAUGACAAGGAAGAGAAGAAAAAGAUAAUGAAUGACACUAUGACAAAGCACUUGCUUAAACAAAGAGGAACUAAAAGAAAAACUCCAAAUUUAAAGAAAUCCAGCAAAACUAAUCCCGAGAAAGACAUAAUAUUCGUUAAUAUCCAAAAAUGUAACAAAUCAUCUCAAUAUCCAGAAGGCACUACACUUCCUAAAUGGUAAAUUAAAUGCUGUCAAAGCGGCGUGGUCACGAUUUUCUUCAAAUUUUACAUUUCCAUUGUAAUAUUCUGAUCUGGUCGACUAAAAUUUUGUCAAUUUUUCAGCUACAUUAUCUGAUACAGGGCUCAUAUUUUUUCGUAACCUCACCAAAGCUCGUAUCAUGUUGUUGUAAAUAUAUGUAGUAUAUGCUGGUAAAAGCAUUUUUGUCACGAUGUUUUUCUAUAUACAAUAUUUUUGUGAACAUGAUUACACAGUUUCUAGUGUUAUCACUACUUAAUUUGAUUUAUAAAAUGCACUUUUUAUCAAGCAAUCUAGACGUAAACAAACACAUGGCACGAACCAUGUUUACAUAGAAUAAAAUUAUGGGCUCUGUUUACAACUAAUGGUUAACGUUUGAAUGGCCAUUAGAAAUACCGAAGUUAAGAAUUGUGAACAUUAAAAUUAGAAAAGCUAAACUUUUUUAAAAAAAACAAAACCCAUGUCCCUUGAUGUCCAACCGUAAAUACGUCCUUGAUUUCCAAAAAAGAUUUUUAUGUAAAUAUUCUAUCUACGAUAAUGAGGUUAUUCAUUCACAUAAUUGUUAUAAAAGAUGGACAAUAUUAAUAACUUUUAAAAAAUAUUUGUUAAAUUUAUGUUAUGUAUAUGUCUUUUUGCUAUAUUUUUAAAUAUGUCACUAUGAUAUAUUUUGUCUCUUUCAUACAUUAAGUGUCAUUGUGUUACUUAAAUAUGUGAUUACUACAUUAAAUGUCAGUAAACUGUAUAAAAAAAAAAUAAUAA